AUGGGCAAAGACAUGAGCAUCACUGUGGCUGUAAAUGAGACGAUGUCGUCCAUUCUUGCAUCUUCUCCAUUGCGUGACUAUCCGAUUGCGUUGACGAUUAAAUUUGGACCUUUGAGGCUGAGCAUAAUCUUUCAGACGGAAACGACCGAGAAAACACCAUUGACGUCCACUGCUCUGAUUGCACAAACUCGAUGCGAACGUCUUCAACUUGAACGACUAGAUGUUCGGCUGAUCAUGAAGAAAGACAUGCAAACAAACGCCGUUGACAUGGAAAAAAUCACCCUAAAAACAGCACCUGCAGGCGAUCCCGAAAUGAUAAAUCACCUCAUCGACAUAAGCAGUUUUCCAAACUGGAAGGUGCAGAUCCCGGCGAUAGUGAAAGCAACAUGGGCGGGUGGGGCGAGUACGAUUGACAGCUCUUACGAUGAAGAGUACGAUUUAGAAUGA